CCUGCGACUUGCCACAACAGUCCUGGAAGCUACUAUUGUGUCUGCAACCCAGGAUUUGUUUCUAGCAGUGGAAACAUGAGAUUCCGCGGUCCAGGAGAGACGUGUGAAAAUGUGAAUGAGUGUGCAAGUUCCACCAUCUGCCCAGCUUAUGCAACCUGCACCAACACUUUGGACAGUUACUACUGUACUUGCAAACAAGGCUUCCUGUCCAGCACGGGAGAGACACAGUUCAUGGGCCCAGGAGUCGAAUGCAAAGUGGUUCCCUUCAAGUGUAAAGAAGAUAUGUUACCCAACAAUGAGCAGGUCCAGCUAUGCCAAGAGAGAGCAGCGGUGGAGCCUGAAUAUUCUGAGUGUAAGCUGCUGAGAGCUGAUGUGAUGGCUCCAUAA